AAGACACUAAGGCAGAUGCAAGCAGCUAUAGAACUUGCACUAAACUGACUAAAGCAGCUACAGUUGUUCCUGGCUAAAUCAGUGCUCUUUGCAAGACUCUAGUUCCACAAUGGUCAAUUUCUGUGCUGUUAUUGGCUGCUCUAACAGAGCAGAUAGGGACAGGAAUAAAUCCUUUUUUCGACUACCAUCUGUCAUAACGCACCAGGGACCAAGCACUGAGAAGCUGUCCUCCAGGAGACAGAGAGAGUGGCUUGCAGCUAUAAAAAGGGACAUCAAGAAGUCUAACUACUGCUUCACCCGAGUAUGCUCAGACCAUUUCAUUACUGGUUCACCAAGCACAUUGUAUGACAGUGAAAACCCUGAUUGGGUUCCAACACUGCAUCUUGGCUAUGAUGAAAUACUAGACACUACAAGCUCUAUGCAGCAAGCUCAACGUUAUUCUCGUGCUCAAGAUAGAGCACACAGCAAGCGUAGGAGGCUAGAUCAUGAUGCCGAGGCUGAUGUAGACCAAGAUGAUACCUCAACCGCUACCGUAAGUCUAGAAGAGUCCAAGAGCAGCAAGGAAUGUCAGACAGAUUUGCUUAUGUCUGAUUUAAAGCAGCAUGAGUUAGAAAUAAGUGUGCUCAAGAAAGCUCAUCAUGACACCUCUCUAACAAUAGAUUCUUUCAAAAACAAUGAUUCUAAAAUACAUUGUUACACUGGGCUACCUAAUUGGGAAGUUUUCUCAUCACUGUAUGAUUUUGUUCAUCGAGACUUGUGUCAGAGAUCAUCACUCAGUCCAUUUCAACAGCUAUUGAUGGUACUAAUGCGACUAAGGAAGAACCUCCAAUUUGAUGAUCUGGCUUAUAGAUUCUCUACACACAAGAGUACCAUCUCUCGCUUAUUUAAUCAACUGAUCGAGAUUUUGUACGUAAAGCUGAAGUUUCUCAUUGUAUGGCCUGAUCGUGACACUCUAUUAUUAACAAUGCCAAUGUGCUUUCGGAAAUACAGUCCAAACUGUGCAAUAGUCAUAGAUUGCUUCGAAAUAUUCAUUGAGAAACCUUCAGACUUGAUGGCAAGUGCACAGACCUUCUCAUCAUACAAACAUCAUAACACUGUGAAGUACUUGAUUGGCAUAACACCACAAGGCACUGUGUCAUUCAUCUCGAAAGGUUGGGGUGGGAGAGUGAGUGAUAAAUACAUCACUGAGAACAGUGGAUUGUUAAAUUAUUUACUCCCUGGUGAUACAAUUCUCGCUGAUAGAGGAUUCGACAUUCAAGAAUCAGUAGCAGCCUGGUCAGUAAAACUAAGCAUUCCGGCAUUUACCAAGGGAAAAAAGCAACUGACAGGAAUUGACGUAGAACAGACAAGACGUAUCGCUAAUAUCAGGGUACAUGUGGAGCGUGUCAUAGGGCUGUUACGGAAUAAGUACACUAUACUUAAAGAUACACAGCCAAUUGAUGCACUACAAACUAAGUGUUCAAACACCUGUCAACUAGACAAAAUUGUUACAGUAUGUUGUUGUUUAGUAAAUUUAUGUGAUUCUGUAAUUCCUCUUGAUUAGAUAAUCAUAAUUAUGUAUUGUAUAUAUAAUGCACUAA